AUGAAAGGCAUUAUUCCCAAGAGCAAAGCAAAAGGCACCGACAUCUGCGCAACAGACUAUUACAAAUAUAUAAUCCGCUCUGAUCUCGGGUGCUACAUGCAGACAAGUGAUAUCAAUAAAGGUUCAGAUAUCUCUAUUUUCAGUCUGCACCCUACUUGCCAAAAUGGAGACCAUUACCUUGGUGAUUGGGGUAGCAACUUUUACAUCAUCAAGGGCAAAUUCUACCGCAGAGUCACUGACCUGAUGACAGACAGCGGUGCUGUAGUUUACAGCCUUCAUCCCAACUGCCAGGGUGGAGACCACUACUUUUCAGACAGUGGCCAUUUUUACAUCAUCUUCCAAGAAAAGGGCACUUUCCGAAUGACAACAAACAUGAAUCAAGACACGAAUGCUCAAGAACACACCCUGCCUCCCAACUGGAAAAAUAAUCUGUAUUACUGGGCCGUACAAGACCACUUCAACUUCCUCAAGCCGGUCUCAGAUUGGGGAGUUGAGUUCUGCUGUGCUUUCAGCUUCCAAGACAAUUGCGCUGAUGUCUAUUCUGUUCAUCCCGAUGUUCUUAACUUCCUUCCUGGUGGGCUGUCAGUAACUAAAGGCCCAACAUUUGGCAUUUGGGAGAAUAUUAAAACUAUAAAAAAUGACAGCAAUACACAGUUGACAUGGGAAAAGAAAAUCACAAAAAAGGUUGGAUACAAUAAGGAGAAGAUGACCCAGAUCACACACAAUUGGAAGAUAGCCGCAUCAGUCUCGAUUGAAUCUGGAGAGCUUGCCAAGUUAAUUGCAAAGUUGCAGCUCUCGUUUUCUGCAGAAUAUGGAGGUUCACAUGUCAACACUGAAAACGAAAGCUGGAAUGAAACGACUGAAGUGGGAGAACUACUCAAAUUUGAGCUGAAGCCAAACGAGCGUGUAUAUCUGUGGCAGUACAAACUGUGUCUUGGUGAAGAACCGGUGCUGUUCUGCCGUGAUUUAACAAUUGACGAUGAGCCAAACCCUCCAACUGAAGUCCCACUGCCACCCGCGCAACCAUGA